UGAUUAUUUAGUUUCAUAAUCUAGGUACCUCGGUACCUGCAUUGAUAGUAAAAUUUAUAUAUAAAUCCUUUUUAAUAUUUUUUUCAACUAGUGUUUAAUAAUAACUGCUCCAGAACAAUGCGUUAUUUUGUUUUCCUCGCCUUAUUUGGGGCCGCUCUUGCGGUCCCCAAGCCUCACCAGCGCAUCGCCGGUGGAGAGACGGCUUCCAUCCAGGACUACAAGUUCUUUGCCGACAUGCAGUACUCCUGGGCUGGAGUCGUCUGGGGCAGCGGCUGUGGGGGCGCCCUGCUCACCACCCGCUCCGUCCUGUCGGCUGCUAAUUGCUUCCUCGGCGACAAGAAGGAGCAAUGGCAGGUCCGCGUCGGCAGCUCCUACACCGGCACCGGAGGCAGCAAGCACCCCGUCCGCAGGAUCAUCCUGCACCCCGACUAUGACAACUUCCACAACGACGUGGCCAUCGUCAAGCUAGAGGAGGUCGUGGUGUUGUCUUCCAGUGUUGGUCUCGCGCGCUUGGCCGGCGCGUCGUAUAUCCUGAGUGAAGGCGCUCGCGUCACCGCACUUGGUUUCGGCACUGUUGCGGCGGGUGGAGACUUGCCAGAGCAGCUUCAGCAGGUGGUGGUGACCAUCGCCAACCAGCAGACCUGCGCCACCCGCUACCAGGAGCUGAAGGAGGAAGGCAACAACUGGCCGACUGUACAGGAUGGCAUGGUCUGCACCUCAGUGAUCGAGGGUGACGUGUGCUACGGCGACAUCGGGGCUCCGCUGGUGUCAGAGAGAGACAUUAUCUACGGCAUCACGUCGUGGGGCAAGCUCUGUGGUGACAAGGACCUCAAUACUGUCAGCACCCUGGUGCCUAAGUACGUCAACUGGAUCGUCGAAGUCGCUGAGAAUCCUUAGGAGAGUUACUGGUUGACGGCGGAUUGUAAAUGAUGUUGUAAGUCAGAUGCAGUUGCAUUACAGUUACAAGUAAAAUAUAUUUGAAAUGAUA